AUGGUGAUGAAUGAUGGUGUGAAAUGGUGGUUGGGAGGUAGGGAUGAUAGCGGCGGAGAUGGUGGAGGUGGUGGUGGCUAUAGUGAGAGUAAUGGGUUGGAGAAUGUGAUGUACAGUGGCAGUAAUGUAGAUUGUGGCAUCGUUGAGACAAUGGAGGUGGUGGUAGCCCUGGUGGCAAUGUUGAUGAUGGUUGAAGAUAUCAUAGUGGCACCAAUGGUGAUGGGAGGUGGCAGUAUAAAAAAUUAUGGCCACGGUGAAGGUGAUGGUGAGAUGGUGGAGAAUGUGGUGGUAAUGACGACAAAAGCAAUGUCUUCCCAAUCGCAACCCACCGGCCCUUCCACCAACCCACCACCGAACACUGCUACUCAACCGACAGCGUCCUCCACACUACACGCACACAACGUUGACUCCGACAAUACGUCCGUUGUACUAGCCCUACCAGCUACCCCAGCGAUGGCAGAAGAAGGAGGACCACCCCAACCCAACAGUUUCCUCCACUCUUAUUUUUAUCCAAAUCCCCCGCCCGCCGCUGCCUUGGCGGCUGUGGCGAGCUUGUCGUUGGUGACGGCCUUGGCCGGGGCGACCCAGGCGUCGAUAGAGGCCUUGCCGAAGGUGACUGUGACGGAGGAAACGUCGGCGGAGUGCUGUAUCUGCCUGAAGAGGUUGGAGGUCGGGGAGGAAGCCAAGGAGAUGCCAUGUAACCAUAGGUUUCAUCCGGUUUGCAUUGAUAGCUGGCUCGAGAGGCGUCCUUCCUGCCCGCUUUGCCGGUUUUCGAUGCCUACGAGGGCGGAGGCGGCCGCACAAGGGCGAGGACAUCAGACCAACAGGUGGGAUUCGAUUGAAAUGGUUGAUUAG